AUGUCCUUUAUACCAGGACCUAACCCUCCCAUCAUGGUAUGGAACAUGGGUGAUGUUGACCACUUGGUGCUGCUGUGGUCAAUGUAUAAGGAUCAACGUUUACACAUUUUGGUCGAGUUGACUGAUGAGUUCCAAUGGACUAACACAAAGUCAGCUCGACCAAAAUGUGUAAACGCUGAUCCUCAUACAUUGACCACAACAGCACCAAGUGGUCAACAUCACCCAUGUUCCAUACCAUGA